UUAAAUACACAUAAAAGAGCUAAAAUGAUUACUGUACUAACAUCCUCAGGUCUAGUAAGCCACGCACACAUUUAAUGCUAAUUACCUUUCUUUGUUUUGUUCUUUUAGCCUAGUCAGUAGCCAAAAAAAAGAUCUCGUGAAUGCGUUUGAGUUUAAUGUUCUAUUCACACGUACUAAUUCUGUUUAAGUCAAACCAAAUUUGCAUUUCAAUAAAUAUUUAUAUGCAUUUUAAAGACGCAAAUUCACUCCUUCAAAAUAAGGGCACUUAGUAGGCAGCCUAUCCAGGCUGUGCUCGUACGGCGCCAUUUUCCCUGGGAGGGAAUGUUAACAGAAGCACACUUUCAACGUGCACUAUUAAGGGCCCUAGAAAUCUGUUUUACGAAGUGAUAUAAAAUAUGGAUUCGGCGUCGACCAGCUCUAAACUCAUCUAUAAAAUGUCUACUGAGGAUAUCACAAAGCUGAUACAGCUGCGCUCGAGCAACUCAGCGCUUUUCGACGGGAGGAAAAAUUCCUCUAAAACAGCCUGGAGUGCAAUACUCAGAGAAAUGGGGCUUGAGGAGAAGAUGACAACUGAGCAGAUGGCCAAAAAGUGGGAAAACCUGAAGGCAAGAUAUAAGGAUGCAAAAUAUCCUCCCGCCGGUGUGGAGAAGAACCCCACCUGCUGGAAAUGGUUCAAUCUCAUGGACGAGGCUCUGGGUGAAGAGUUUGAUGAAACCGUCAGCCAGCAAGUGAUCACAUCAGAAGCUGACAAUGAUAGUGCACCUCAUCCGAGUAAGAAGCUACGCCAGAUUAAAGUCGGACGGGAAAUACUGGAAUUCCUGGAAGAGGAAGGAACUUCGGUGAACGUGCCGCCAGCCUCCAAACUGGAUCUGGUUAAGCGGGGAAGACAAAAAGGCAAGCAGACGACACAAACUCACUCGCUGGAUAUCAUGAGAUCCAAACUUCAAAGAGAAAGACAGCUUCUAGAAAAGGAGCUCGGAGGCCUGGACAGAGAAAAAGCCCUUCUAGAGCGGGAAAGGGCCCUUGCCAAUCGGGAAAGAGCCGCUCUUCAGCGGGACAGAGCCCAGGUAGAGAAGGACAAAGCUGCGGUUAACAGAGACAAGGCGUCUUUGGAACAGGACAGAGCCCGACUGCAGAAAGAUAGAGAAGCUUUGGCGAGGGACAGAGCGGUCCUUGAAAGAGACAGAAAGUCGCCGCAUAUCACGAAUCAUGUGAAAAGCAGUUCAGGAUGCAAUGGGCUGGACUGCACACACGAAAAAAACCGAGAAAGAUUAAUAUUCUUACUUGAAAAGGUGAUUGAAAAAAUUUGAAACGGAUCUGAGAUGGGGGCAAGCCUCAGGGAAAAACUGCGAUGAGUUACUGCGAUUAUCUGAGCAAUCCUUGGGGUGUUGACUGAAGAUACAUUACGUACACAGUCCAGAAUGGAUCCCACAUACAUUGACAGAGUACAUACGCUAAAAUAUUUUUGAGAUUGGUUUACUGAUUUGUAAAUGUUGAAAGAAACAUGGAGUGUGGUGCUUUAUCUCUGAAAUAAUGUAAAAUAACCGUGUCUGGAAGUAAAGUAUACCAUUUGUGCCACACAAUGAAUGUCAAAACAAGA